UCUGAAAUGAAAUUUGUCCCAUGGUGGUAUAAUCAUGCUUGUCACACUGUUGGAACUCCUGCCAUCAUAAUUGACGCUUUACUAUGGAGACCAACAAUCGUUCCUAUAUCGAACUCAGUCCUGCUUCUUCUAGCAUACUUCGGUGGAUAUGUAACCUAUGUGGAAUACCUUAUACGCAUUCAUCGUUUUUACCCUUAUCCCAUACUUGCGGUUUUCUCGGAUAUUGGACGAUUUGGAUUUUAUUCAGUGGUGAUCAUCGCUACUAUCCUUUGCUUCGGAGUCGGUGUACUGAUGGUUCGCUCUCUAAAUAAGACUCAACAUAAAAGGUUCACUUCAAAAACACAACAACGAACAGAGCGAAAAGAGUCUACUCCUGUUCAGAGUAGACACAAGAAAUCUAAGAAGAUGGAUUGAAAUGUGAAAUGGCAGAACAAUAUUCUGGCUUUCUCAGUGUCUCCUAAUUUUUCUUCUCAUCAUCAUAACUGCAACUACCGCUACAAUUAAAAUCCUCAGGAAACAAAUGAAUUUUUUUCUCUCCACAGCGCUAUUCUGUAUCGUCGUUGUCCUCCCUCUCCUAUUUAUUUGUAAAUUAUGUCGUUAGUGUAUUUUUUGAUCGUCAC